AUGACGAGCUCUAAACUUGCUUUUCUUAUUCUGGUCAUUGCCUGUCUGGUCCUCAUCGCUUGGGCACGACCUAGGUCGAGAUCUUCCAUAUUCAAUGAGGUCACAUCGCUGCCGGCGGAGAGGAGAAUGAGCAACGAAAUCAUGGACCAGAUAUCGCCUAUGAGGAGGCCACACAAGAGGGAUUACUUCGUGAAGAAGCGCCCCCUCAUCAGCUCCAGGAUGAUGAUGUCAAGAAGUCCCUUCCUCGACCGUUUCUACAACGAUCCGAUGCAGGAGAUUGCACCUGGUGGAGCCAACUACUUUGGGAAUGAUGUCCUGCCGCUUUCCACCUACGAGAUCCUGGAACCGGAGUCAUUAUACUAG